GCAGAAGCGGCAUAACUGAUCAAGGAGCUUCCGUGUGCGCGCGUGUGUGUGUGUGUGAUGAUCCGCGGCACAUGCUCAGUUAUGUACAUCCAGACACAUCUGAGGGAUGAGCUGUGGUUGCUGCUGCUGAGGUCACCGCACUGAGGAGAAAAAAAACACUACACCGCCUCCAUUUUGAAUAGCCAUGUAAUAGGGGAUUCGCAUAGUUGCUGUGUGUGUAUCGCCCACUGCGCCGCUGUAGUGUCAACAAGCUACAACCAAACAUCCUUUGACAUGGACGACCUGUUCAGUCCGCGCAGGAGCCUGAACAGCACACAAGGCGAGAUAAGAGUGGGGCCAAGUCAUCAGGCCAAACUCCCAGAGUUACAGCUUCGACCUGCGCCUGGACCACAGGCUCAGGUGGAGAAUGAGGAGCUCAUGUGGACACCUGGAGUCAACGACUGUGACCUCCUCAUGUACCUCAGAGCAGCCAGGAGCAUGGCGGCAUUUGCAGGAAUGUGUGAUGGUGGAGCCACAGAAGACGGAUGUUUGGCAGCCUCUCGGGAUGACACCACCCUUAACGCUCUCAACAUGCUCCAUGCAAGCCACUAUGAUGCAGCAAAAGCUCUACAGCGUCUGGUCAAGAGGCCACUCCCAAAACUUAUUGAAAAAUGUUGGUCAGAGGAGGAUGUGAAACGCUUCAUCAAAGGCCUGAGACAAUAUGGGAAGAAUUUCUUCCGAAUUCGAAAAGACUUUCUGCCUAGCAAGAAGACGGGGGAGCUAAUCACUUUUUACUACCACUGGAAGAAAACUCCAGAGGCUGCAGGAACGAGAGCGUACCGACAACAGCGUCGGCAGCCGUCGUCUCGCAAAGCCAAGACGCGAUCUGCAGCGGCUCCUGUCAGUGCACCGUCUCGAAAUUAUUCAGUGGAGGCAAGUUCUGCCAGCGAGGACGAUCUGGACAGUGAGGACAGUGAACAGGAAGUAAAGAGCUGCAGCUACUGUAGAACAACGACCUCUAAGGACUGGCACCAGGGCGGGAGAGACUAUCCUUUGCUCUGCACGACUUGCCGCACUUAUGAAAACAAACAUGGAUGUUUGCCGCCAGCUCCAAAAUCUGCCACCUCGUCAUUCAUGUUCAAACCUGUUAAAGCAGAGGAGGAGGUGAACAACAAGCACGGCAUGAGGACUCGACAGAGCAAAGCACCUCAAAUGUCAUCUUUAAGAAGUGGCCUCAGGAGGUUCACAGGCCCCCCAAACAAUGAGGAUCACCUGUCCUUCACAAGUGGGAUGGCGUCCAGAUCUACAGACAAAAACGAAUCCUCAAGGAGAGCAAAUAAGAGGAUAAAGGAGGAAGUGGCGGCGCCAAAAACAACAAAACGUGUACGAGAAAGUCCUGCUCUGGAGCCUGAUGAGCCUGAAAAGAUCACACCUAAAAGGCCCAAAACACAGGAUCCACUGAGCUCCCGGUACGAGGGGGAGGCAGAGGAGGAAAGCUCUUCAGAAAGCCGCAGCGCUCAGGAUGACGGCAGCGACACCAAAGACAUUGAUCAGGACAACCGCAGCUCCUCCCCCAGCAUUCCCAGCCCCCAGCAGGGCAACGAGAGCGACUCCGACUCUUUUUCUCAGCCGAACGGGAUCCCAUUAGAACCAGCUGCCCCCUCUGACACACCAGUCCUGCAGACCCUCCCCUCUCAGGGUCCCCCCAUCACUCCUCAGCCAUCAGAAAGCAUCCCCUCAGCUGACCCACCUCGGAGCCCUCCUCCAUCCUCUCUUGACCCCCCUCCGUCCGGUCCAUCUGCAGGCUCUAACAGUCGAGUGCAGCCAGUGGUUCAGGCCCUGCCUGGGCCACGGGCUCCACCAGCAGCACUGGUGCAGGACACUCCUCUCUCUCCUGCAUUUCAGAUCUCACCUCCUCUCAGCUCAGCACCGCCCCCACAGUCCAACGAACCACCACCUCAAUCCUCCCAGCGUUCUCUGCCCUUCUUCAGAGAGGCUCAGCCUCCUCUUACUGUCCCCCAAGUCAAGCCCCCUCCCACCACCCCCAUUCCGCCUUCACACAAGCAGCUUCCUCACCCGUCUGCAGCUCCUUUCCCUCAGAUGCCCUCUAAUCUGCCCCCUCCUCCUGCUUUAAAGCCCCUCAAAACUCUGCCUAACCAGCAUCCCCCAGGUGCCCCUCCUCCUCCUCUCCAGCUCAUGCCUCAUCCUCUUCCUGCACAUUCUCUUCAAACCCAACCUCCAGUCCCUCCCCAGCUGCAGAAUCCUCCCGGUAAAAGCACGGCCCCGUCCCACCCAGCAGCUGCAGCCACCCUCCCCCUCACCUCCGUAACACCUUCUGCUGGUGGUCCCAUCCCGAGCCUGCAGGCGUCCUUCCAAACUCUUCCUCUCAGAGCCUCACCCAGCACCGCUGCAGGAGGGUCACAAGUUCAGAUUAAGGAGGAGCCGCCAGAUGAGGUGGAAGAAGCUGAGAGCCCACCGCCUCCUCCCCGGAGUCCCUCACCAGAACCCACGGUGGUCAACAUGGCGUGCCACGCCAGUCAGUCAGCACGGUUUAUCAAACAUUUGGAUCGUGGCUACAACUCGUGUGCGAGGACAGACUUUUUCUUCACCCCUCUGUCGUCCUCCAAGCUGGCCAAGAAAAGGGAGGAGGCCAUAGAACGGUCCAGGAGGGAGGCAGAGCAAAACGCUCGCCAAGAGCAAGAGAGGGAGAGGGACAGGGAGAGAGACCGUGAACGGGAUGCCGAUAGAAACUCUCAGAGAGCCUCCAGCUCUUCUCACGACAGUCGGAUGAGUGAGGUUCAAAUGGUGGCUCAGGUCCACGGACGCCUGUCCUUUGAGCCGCCGCCUGCCACCGUCGCAGCCGUGCCACCCUAUAUUGGUCCAGACACCCCAGCCAUUCGCACCCUGAACGACUAUGCGCACCCCCAUGUCAUGUCCCCUGGCAACCGCAACCAUCCUUUCUACGUGUCUCUGAGCCCUGGAGACCCCCUGCUGGCCUACCACAUGCCUGGCCUGUACAGCGUUGAGCCCAGCCUUAGGGAGCGUGAGCUGAGGAACCUCCGCGACCGAGAGCUCCGCGAGAGGAUGAAGCCCGGCUUCGAGGUCAAACCCCCAGAUCUGGAAGCAUUGCACUCAUCGGCCAACCCCAUGGAGCAUUUUGUGAGACAAGGGGCGCUGGGACUGCCCCACAUACCUGGCCCCUCUCACCCCUUUGUGCCCUUUCACCCUGGUCUGAGUCAUCUGGAGCGAGAGAGGCUUGCCCUGGCAGGUCCCCAGCUUCGCCCAGAGCUGAGUUACGCUGAACGGCUCACUGCAGAGCGGCUUCACGCAGAGAGGAUGGUGUCUGUAGCCACAGACCCAGCUGCUCGACUACAGAUGCUCAACGUAACUCCUCAUCAUCACCAACACUCCCACAUUCACUCCCACCUGCACCUCCACCAACAAGACCCUCUCAGUCAAGGUUCGAGCCCUCAUCCUCUAGUAGAUCCCCUAGCAACAGGACCACGACUGGCCCGAUUCCCCUUCCCCACCGGGCCAAUCCCAAACCCCUUGCUCGCCGAUCUUCCUCACGAUCAUGAGAUGUUGCGCCACCCACUCUUUGGAGCCGCGUACCCGCGAGAGCUGCAGGGUCCAAUUCCUCAAAUGUCUGCCUCGCAUCAGCUCCAGGCCAUGCACGCUCAGUCUGCAGAGCUGCAGAGGAUGGCGCUGGAGCAGCAGUGGCUGCAUGGGCACCACCUGCACGGAGGCCCUCUGUCAAAUCCAGAAGAUUAUUACAGCCGUCUGAAGAAAGAAGGUGACAAGCCAUCUUGAAGUGGUGCAUGCACUGAAAAUUAAUACUGUGUACUUUUAAAGCUGUAAGAGAAUAUUUUGUUUCUUUUCUGUUUUUUUGAGGGGGUUCGUGUUCAAAUAUUUCAGAAAGAAAAUAUUUGUGGAUCUAACUGUGCAUUCCUUGUUCGGCUCUUCAUGAAGCCAUCACAGUCCAUCUGAGAUUUUAGUCCCCUGUCGCGUGCAUAUUUACACUAAAACGAUGAGCAGUGUGAAGCAUUUUCUCCAAACUCUUAUCAUAUGCAGUCUUAACAAUUUGCCACAGGAAAUAAAAACAGACUCCUAACUCUAAAUAUUCCUUAAUUUUCCUUGUUCCUUGUACAGAAUGACAUUUAAAUCGGUGUGUGGAUAGUAGCAUGACUCUUUUACAAUAAAAAAAGAUCUUAGAGUAGACCGUUCCAUUGUGGCGUUAGGCUUUGGCGGCAUAGUAGAGGUUGGAUUUACUCCUAAAGCUAAUAAGUAUUUCUUUAAGUCCUUUAAAUUUUAUAUAUCAAGAUAUCUUUACACAAUAUAUCCGAAGCUUUUAUUUGCUGUUUUCUGAGACUGUAAAUAUUACAUGUUGACAGUAUAUGAUUGCUGUUGGUACAUCAGUAGAUGUGAACACCUUACCCUCGAUUCAGCAUGAGAACGGUAAAACCUUCAGCUAAAAGCAGCGUGUACUACUCUUAAGGUGUGACCCAUGACAUGUCUGUCUGUCUACUAACAGAAAGUUUUAAUAGAAAAGUGUCUCUAUGGUGUUUUUAGUGAGAAUGAGCCAAUUGGAUUAAAACAAAUCUUAAUUCCUACACAUUUAAAUGGAGUUUUAAAAAACAUUGCCUAAAUUCAGUAUUUAUGUGAUAUUAUAUCAAUCUGUAUCCAUGCCAUAUUUAUUUCAAUAAAUAUUUCUGCAAUAACACUUUC